UAGCGGCAGCAUCAUGGCGUCGUCUGGAGUGAGUUUUGAGAGCGCAAACAGCAUUAAAUCCAGAAAAGAGUCAAAAAGAGAACAAAGAGAAGAAGUACUACAACAGGCUAAACAGAAGUAUGAAAAAGAAGAGCGGAGGAAGGCAGCGAGGAAGGCCAGGGGUGAGGACACCUGGAUGCUGCCGGAAAUUGACCUGCGACUUCAGCAGAUAGGCCAGGAGCAUUCAGUGAAAAGCAAGAAAAAGAAAAAAGAAAAGAAAGCAAAAAGGAGUAAGAAAGAAAAGGAGAAGAAAGUCAAAAAAGAGAAGAAGAAAGACCAGGAAGAUGGCUCUUCUGACAGCUCUGAAGACUCCAAGGAGGAGUGGGUGGAGGCCACGCCCCAAUCUGGGGGUGCAGACAAAAACUGCAAGGUGGAGCAAGAGACCACGCUCACCGUUAGCUCAACCAAUACUAACCAAAGAGAUGAGUGGAUGACCUUUGACUUCCUGGCUAUGAAGACCACCUCUCAAGCAGAGAGACGAGCACAGAAGGAAGCGGAGAAGGAGGCGGAGAGGGAGAAAGCUCAGGCCAUCGAGCAGGCUGGUCUUCACAAAUUAGAGUUGAACCCUUACUGGAAGGAUGGAGGAAGCGGGCUGCCCCCAAAGGAAACCGCCAGUAUUGCGGUUAAAAAGGCUGGAGUGGUGAAUGACGGAGGGGUGAGCUGGCUCAGGAAGUCGUAUCAAAGGAUGAAAGAGCAGGCUGACAGAGAACAGCGCAGUGUGGAGAGCGUGGUUGCAGAGAGAUACGGGUCUAUGGAAGAGUUCCAGAAGAGACUGCAGGAGGCAGAGGAGGCUGCGUACGGUGAGAAAAGAGAAGAGCGGGAUGAACGGAGAGGAGACCGUAACGAGAGGAGAGAGAGAUGGAGACGAGAUGACCGAGAAGAGGGGAAAGAGAGGUGGAGGAGAGAAGAUGGGGAGAAGAGAUGGAGAGAGAGAUCUCCUGACAGAGAGAGAGACCACGGCAGGGAUCGAGAAAGAGAGAGAGAGCGCGACAGUGGGAGGAGCUCUCAUGGCCGUGAUGAACGCGAUCAGAGAUCCAGGGAUGAUCCGAAACACGCUUCUCGUUCGGAACACUCUGCCUCUCUCUCCAGCCUCGGGGCCAAGUUCCUCAAACCGUCUGACUCUGACAAGAGUAUGAGUGGAGGGGCGGGGUUUAGGAGGGCAGGACUGAAAGGCUCUACGUCCAGUCAGAGUUCAGGAUUCAGAAAACCUGAUGAUGAUGAUACUGGUGUUGUUGCUGCCUGGAGGAAGAGCGGCACUGUGCAGGAUGCAAAGGAGAGAGCAACCCCACAGAAAGACACUGACAAGAGCGCCGCCCUGCUGGAAGACAGCAAAACAACAGCAGCAACAACCGCAACAGUGAGCAGUUCAGAAAGUGAGGAAGAGGAGGAGGAAGAGCUGAUCCUGACCGACGAGGAGAUGAAUAAAUUGGGAGCCAAACUCGUCAAGGCAGAACUCAUGGGAAACAACGCUUUGGUGGAAAAACUAAAAGCACAGAUGGACGCUGCCCGUCGAGCAAAAGAGAUCCAAGCUCAAAGGAAAGACCAGACAAAACAGGUGUCCGCACAAACAGAUGCAGAGAAGGAAGUUGUGCUUUUCAGGACUGACCAAUCAGGACGAGCCUGGCCAGUCAACGCACCCACACAGCCUCAGGAGCCGAGAGGAGGACGAAGAAAGAGAAAAGGGGUUGAGACGCACCAGGACGGCGAGCGAAUGCGUUAUUUUGAGGAUGAUGAUGGUGUGGAUCUGCGAGAGAUGGUCAGACGAGAGAAGAUGAGCACAGCGGAGGAUCAGAAUGCUCUUUACUCACGAAUGGCUGCCAAGAUGAUGGGCAAGACAGAUGGGGAUAACUAUACGCUGGAUGACAUGUUCGUGUCGAGCGCGGCCCAGAGAGAGCGGUCAGGCCGGGAUGAAGAGAGGCAGAGGAAUAAAGCUGUGCAUGAGACACGGCGGUUAGCCGGGCAGAUGGAGAAAUGUCGGCACUGCUUUGACAGCCCUGAACUACCCAAACAUCUCAUCGUCGCUGUCGGAGCCAAGGUGUACUUGUGUCUGCCGAACAGCGUGUCUCUGACCGAAGGUCACUGUUUGAUCGUCCCUGUCCAACAUCACACAGCGGCCACAGGCCUGGAUGAGGACAUAUGGAGCGAAAUACAGAUGUUCCGUCGCGCUUUGGUCCAGACGUUUGAGUCUCAGGAUCUGGACUGUGUGUUUUUAGAGACUCAUAUGAACCCAAAAAGACACCUGCACAUGGUGUAUGAGUGCGUGCCGCUGCCCAAAGAGCUCGGAGACAUGGCACCCAUUUACUUCAAGAAAGCCAUAAUGGAAUCGGACGAGGAAUGGGCCAUGAAUAAGAAGGUUGUGGAUCUCUCAUCUAAAAACAUCAAACAAGCCGUGCCGCGAGGAUUACCAUAUUUCUCAGUGGAUUUCGGUUUGCAGGGCGGCUUUGCUCACGUCAUUGAGAACGAACUGAAGUUUCCACAUUAUUUUGGCAAAGAAAUCCUGGGUGGAAUGCUCGACUUGGAACCGAGACGGUGGCGGAAACCAAUACGUGAGAAUUUUGACGACCAGCGUAAGAAGGUUCUGGCAUUCGCUCAAUGGUGGAAACCUUUCGAUUGCACUAAGACCGACAGCUAAACUCCUACGCUGAUUCAUUCUGCGUUCUGAUUGGCUAAUUUGGACUUGUCAUGUGUACAUUUGGGUACAAACAUUUAUCAUGGUCUGCUCAAAGCUACAAGACUUUUUGGAGAUUUUUCUAUUGAAGGUGUCUGUUCCUUAGAACAAACAAUGUCGACUUUUUUUUAUUAGAAGAACACAACAGUGUAGAGAUGUUUUUUUGUUGUCGUCGUUGUUGUUGGAUAUCAGCAGUGGUCAGUUUGUGGUGUCCUCCCAAACAAACGUACAUUUUUAAUGACUUGUGUGUGUCUACCGUUGUCUGAUUAAAUCAACUAAUGUUCAGCUUCUAAGAAAUAACUGUUUUCCUGGUUUUUAUCACAGUGGCCAUGUAAAUCAAACCGAGUUGUUUUCCUGACCAUUUCAACUCAAAAUAAAAUAUAAAAAGUCUUCC